UUACAAAAGAAAGAAAUCGCAACGAGAACAUCGUUUCUCAGUCUCUUCCUUCCUCCCUCCCUCCCUCCCUUCGCCUCCACGCGAGCGCCGCGGGCGAAACCCUAGCCUCCUCCUCCCCACCAGCACCAGCACCACCUCGCCGGAAACCCGGCGCCGAGCAGGCGGCGGCGGCGGCCGCGGGGGAGAGGAGCAAGAUGAUGAACGGCCAGAAGAAGCGCGGGCCGAGGAUCGAGCCCUUCCGGCACCGCGUCGAGACCGACCCCAAGUUCUUCGACAAGUCGUGGCGGAAGCUCCACGACGCCAUCCGCGAGAUCUACAACCACAACGCCAGCGGCCUCUCCUUCGAGGAGCUCUACAGGACUGCUUAUAACAUGGUACUGCACAAGUUUGGUCCUAAGCUCUAUGAAAAACUCACAGAAAACAUGAAAGAGCAUCUUGAAGAGAUGCGUACAUGUGUCGAGGCAGCUCAAGGUGGUUUGUUCCUGGAAGAGUUAGAGAGAAAAUGGAAUGACCAUAACAAGGCAUUGACAAUGAUUAGAGACAUCCUGAUGUACAUGGACAGGACAUAUAUUCCCACUAAUAAAAAGACACCUGUCUUCGAUCUUGGAUUGGAGCUUUGGAGGGAUACCAUAGUUCGGUCUCCAAUGAUUCAGGGGAGGCUGCUCGACACACUUCUCGAACUCAUACAUAGAGAAAGGACCGGUGAAGUGAUAAAUAGAUGCUUGAUGCGGACUACAACUAAAAUGCUGAUGAAUCUAGGGUCUUCUGUUUAUCAGGAUGAUUUUGAAAGGCCAUUUCUUGAGGUGUCUGCUAGUUUCUACAGUGGUGAGUCACAGCAAUUCAUUGAUUGCUAUUCUUGUGGUGACUAUCUGAGGCUGGCUGAGAGGCGCCUCAAUGAAGAAUCAGAGCGUGUUUCUCAGUAUAUGGAUGUGAAAACAAAUGAGAAGAUCACUGCUGUUGUGGUGAAAGAGAUGCUAGCAAAUCACAUGCAGAGGUUGAUUCAUAUGGAGAACUCAGGCCUUGUGAAUAUGCUUAUUGAAGACAGGUAUGAAGACCUGACCAGGAUGUACACUCUGUUUAAUCAUGUUCCUGAUGGACUCACAGCGAUUAGAUCUGUGAUGAUGUCUCACAUUAAGGAUACUGGAAAGAGUUUGGUAACAGACCCAGAGAGACUGAAGGAUCCAGUUGAUUUUGUCCAGCGGCUUCUGAAUGAGAAGGAUAAAUAUGACAAUAUCAUCAAUGUGUCAUUUAACAGUGACAAGAGUUUCCUGAAUGCUCUGAAUUCCUCAUUUGAGCACUUCAUCAACUUAAACAACAGAUCCCCUGAGUUCAUAUCACUGUUUGUUGAUGACAAACUGCGGAAGGGCGUGAAAGAGGCCAACGAGGAGGAUCUUGAGACUGUCCUGGACAAGGUGAUGAUGCUGUUUAGGUACUUACAAGAAAAGGAUCUAUUUGAGAAGUAUUACAAGCAACACUUGGCAAAGCGUCUUCUAUCUGGGAAGACUGCUUCUGAUGAUUCUGAGAGGAGCAUGCUUGUGAAGCUGAAGACAGAAUGUGGAUACCAGUUUACUUCGAAGUUGGAGGGCAUGUUCACUGAUUUGAAGACCUCUCAGGAUACUACACAAGGGUUUUAUGCGUCUACUUCGGAUCUGGCAGAUUACCCCCAGAUAUCUGUCCAGAUACUCACCACUGGUUCAUGGCCAACACAACCCUGCAAUACCUGCAACCUGCCCCCUGAAAUAGUUGCUGUCUCUGAGAAGUUUCGGUCAUAUUACCUUGGCACCCACAAUGGCAGGAGGCUGACAUGGCAAACAAACAUGGGGCAUGCUGACAUCAAAGCAACAUUUGGAAAUGGUAGCAAGCACGAACUGAACGUCUCAACCUACCAGAUGUGCGUUCUCAUGCUAUUUAACUCGUCAGAUGUCCUGACUUACCGUGAAAUUGAGCAGUCCACAGCAAUACCAGCUGCUGACCUGAAGCGAUGCCUCCAGUCACUGGCUCUUGUUAAGGGUAAGCAAGUUCUGAGGAAGGAGCCCAUGAGCAGGGACAUUGCUGAUGACGACAGCUUCUCCGUGAACGACAAGUUCACCAGCAAGCUGUUCAAGGUGAAGAUUGGCACUGUGGUGGCGCAGAAGGAGACGGACCCCGAGAAGUUGGAGACCCGUCAGCGGGUCGAGGAGGACAGGAAGCCGCAGAUCGAGGCGGCCAUUGUGCGGAUCAUGAAGUCGAGGCGGGUUCUCGACCACAACAGCAUCAUGACAGAGGUGACGAAGCAGCUGCAGCCCAGGUUCCUGCCCAACCCUGUGGUGAUCAAGAAGCGGAUUGAGUCCCUCAUUGAGCGCGAGUUCCUGGAGCGGGACAAGACAGACAGGAAGAUGUACCGCUAUCUCGCCUAGAACCACCCCCCUUGCAUUUUGAUUUUCAUUUUAUGCUACCCGGUAUCAUAUAAACAGACCUUGAUCCAUGUACUUAUGCAAGAAGGAAAUGGGUCUCUCUCUGCACCCCGUGACAAGUCUAGUUUAAACUGGUUUUGUUGCGUUUGUCCUGGUGGUAGCUAGUUAGCUUCUCUAUGUGACAUGUUGCGCUGGUUUACAUGUUAAUGGUGAUAGAUAUAAAUCUUGCUGGCUGUUCAUCUGA